GUAAGGUGGAUCUAUCCAAAAUGCAGAUAAAAAAUGAACAUAAUUUGUGUAGUGUAGUUAAAGGCAAAAAAUAUUCAUUAAGUUCACUGAAAGGAAUAAACCAAUGCCAACAUAUUUUACGGAAAUACAAACUUUUCCGUAAGAAGUUGGGACAGUUCGCUAAGAGGAUUGUAAUGCCUGUUUUGGCACAGAAAGAAAAGCAGAGAGAUGAAUUCAAACGUCCCCAUGCUAUAGUUUGCACAAGACACAGAAAUGCAUCCUUUAGGAAGGAAGAAGUCGUUCUUGGACGCUUGCUUGGCACAGGGGGUUUUGGAUCAGUUUACAGAGGCAAAUACAAAGAUUCAACUGUGGCCGUGAAAGUAAUGCACAGAGUAACGAAAAAUCCUGCCGCACAGCUGGAAAGCUUCAAAGCUGAGCUUAACACGAUAGGAUUCGACCAUGAAAAUAUUGUCAAAACUAUCACAGCUACAUCUUUGGAAACUUUUGAUCAAGGUGCUUGGAUCGUUAUGGAGUAUGCUGGACAUCGUACAUUGCAAAGUCUUGUAGAUGACGAUUCCGUUUCCCUAGGACCACGUCGCAGGGUCAAAUUUGCUCAACAGAUUGCAGAAGCUCUAAAGUAUGCACAUGAUAUGAAAAUUGUUCAUCUGGAUUUAAAACCAGCAAACAUUCUCAUAACUCCGGGUGGCCGAUGCAAAGUUGCAGACUUUGGUUGCUCGCAAAAAGUGGAAAUUGACACGGGAAUUUUCAGUCCAACACAAAGGUCCAUAUUGACUGGUACUUUUGCUUACAGAGCUCCAGAACUAUUAAAAGGUGAAGCUCCGUCUAAAAAGGCAGAUAUUUAUGCAUUAGCUGUCAUAAUGUGGCAAUUGUUGAGUCGACAGACUCCAUUUAGUAACGAAAACCAACACGUAGUUAUUUUUGGUGUGGUAGCAUAUGGACAGAGACCUAAGCACCCAGAAAUUGAGUUUGAUCCGUUUGAAGAAUCUUAUAGAGACCUGUAUUCACAGUGUUGGCUACCUUGUCCUUUAGACCGACCAACGGCUGGUGAAAUUGCGGAAUUGUUGAACAUAUGGAGAGGUUACAUGUAAAGUGUUGUGAAAAGAAUAUUUUACUUA